AUGGAAGUGGAUCAGUUUGCUGUCGAUUUAUAUACCGGUGAGGGGUCGCGGCUGCCUCUCAUCGACGAAUCGUCGGCUUUCGGGACACAGGCACCGAAGGACAGAUUGAUUGCAAUACUGGACCAAGUGGAGAUGCGAGUGGAGCGAUUGCGGCGUGAUACAGUUCGCAUUGAAGAAGAGCGUGACUCUUUGCUGUCCACCCUUGAUAGUAUCAAACACUCAGAACUGCUUGGUGAUGUGUCUGAAUGCGACAGGGAAGAUAUAACGCGGUAUGCCGAGCGGAUUCUGGCGCGCGCCAUGACGGUCGAGGUGGCCGUUCGUACAGAUAGGGAUGCACAACAGGAGGAGGCUUUGCAUCAGGUGAACAUGUACAUAGACCAGCUGGUGAUGACGGUGCACGACGACGCGGUCAUCGCUCACACUCGCUGCCAGACCUUCAUGAACGCCUGUACAUCUCAACCAGACCCAUCGUCGGGUACAGAUAAGAACUUCGAGAGCGCCAUCUUGGGCUGCACUUUAGAUGAUCAGAAACGAGUAAAAAAACGUCUCCAAGGCCUCCUGGAUUACUUCGCCAAGUUGAAUGUAACCACCUGUUCGUGA